AUGCGUGCCUCUCGCGUUCCCUCCUCUCGCAUAGCACGCCUAAUGCACUACGGAUCCCUGGGCGCUGGUCUAGCGUGGGGAGCGGCAGGCUCUUUCCUCUCCCCCUCCGCCAAGCCAACACCUCCUCCCACGGGCGAAGCCAGCCCCGGGGCCACGCCUCCGCCCGCGGCAGCAUCAAUGGGCAUGUCCCCUUCGAACGUCCGUCGCCUCGUAGAUAAGCUCUCCCGCAUGCGAGGAGCGGCGCUCAAGCUAGGUCAAUUCCUCUCGAUACAGGACGCGGACCUCCUUCCCAAGGAGAUAGAAGAAGUGCUACGCCAGGUACAGAGUAGCGCAAACUACAUGCCCGAGUACCAGCUCGAAGGCGUUAUGCGGGCCGAGCUGGGCGCGGAGUGGAGAAAUCACUUCUCGCGAUUCGACGUCAAGCCCUUUGCCGCGGCGAGUAUUGGGCAGGUACACUAUGCGAUGCUCUCUGAGACACAUCCUGAGGUACCAGGGAUGGAAGUGGCCGUGAAAGUGCAGUUUCCGGGUAUCAAAGAGUCGAUUGAGAGCGACUUGGGCUACCUUCGCUGGCUCCUGGCAGCCUCAGCAUUGCUGCCUCGUGGCUUGUUCCUGGACAAGACCAUCCAGCAAAUGAGGAUGGAGCUCAAUGACGAGUGCGACUACGAGAGGGAGGCAGAGAUGGGGAGGAGAUUUGGCCAGAUCUUCAACACUCCCGGCCAGGACACAAAGUCCACCUCAUCAUCUUCGAAAGCGGGCACACGUUUCGAAGUCCCCCGCAUCAUCCCCUCUCUCUGCACGUCGCGCGUCCUCACCACUCAAAUGAUGAAAGGACGUCCGCUUUCGAUGGUCUCCCACCUCUCCCAACCACGUCGCGAUGCGCUCGCCUCUCAACUCCUGCACCUCUGCCUCUCCGAGCUCUUCACCCACCGAUUGAUGCAGACGGAUCCCAACUUCUCGAAUUUCCUCUACGAGCCGCGCACCCGGUCCCUUCAGCUGAUCGACUUUGGAGCAACGAGGGAGUAUGGGCGAGACUUUAUGGACAAGUGGCUGCGAUUGCUGUUGGCGGCUGUGGGAGGCGAAGAGGAGGAGUGUAGACACUGGAGUCUGGAGGUGGGGUACCUCCUGAGGGACAAGGAGAGCGGAGAGUGCUUGGAGAGUGACGCGAUGGUCGCUGCCCACGUUCGGAGCAUGAUCUUGCUCGGUUCCCCAUUCCGUUCGAAAACCUCCACGGCCGUCGAUGCCCGCUACGAUUUCACCACUCACUCAACUCUUACGGAUGCCAUCAAAGCGGAGAUUCCGCUCAUGCUGCGGGAGAGGAAAACUCCACCGCCAAAGGAGACUUACAGCUUGAAUCGCAAGUUGAGCGGUACAUUCCUGCUUUGUAGCAAGUUGAGGGCCAAGGUCGAUUGCGCACAGGUGUUGAGGGACGUGGUGGAAGGGUAUAGAUUUGAGGAUGGCGGUGUGCUGAGGGCAAGGGAGGAUGGCGCGGGUGGGUGGACAUGGCAGGUCGUGAAGGACGCAGUCUCAGGAGGAGCGAGUGGAUCGACGUCGUCGCCGAGCGGCAGCAGGGGAUUGCAUACAUCGGCAAGACUCAGUAGGGGCAAGUCGGGCAGCGACAAAAGCGGCCCCUCAAGCUACAUCGCCGUAGCGGACAGACCGCGGGGUCCUCGAAAGUGGGAGCGUGAGUGA